UUCUCAAACCCUUAUUUCUUGAAAACUCACCACCGAUAAUCCAUAUCAUCUAAUUCAAACCUAAUUAUCUACUUCCUGAAUCGCUGAUUCCGCUUACCCUUUCUACUGAUUUUAGCAAUUACAACAGAGAAUUUUUUUUAAGUAGGCUUCGCUUCAAAUCCGAAAGAAGCUUUGAUCGUAGAAAGAAGUCCAAUGGCGUCAAGAACAAUUGCCAAAGAUAUAAUCACUCUUCGAGGCUCAGCGGCAAUUGUAAGCGAGUUCUUUGGAUAUGCAGCGAAUAGCAUUCUGUACAAUCGAGGGGUUUAUCCAGAAGAAAGUUUUGUGAGAGUGAAGAAAUAUGGGCUUCCAAUGUUGCUUACUGAAGAUGAAGGUGUUAAAUCCUUCAUUACUAACCUGACAGCUCAGCUUUCUGAAUGGCUGGAAGCUGGGAAGCUACAGAGGGUUGUGUUGGUUAUAAUGAGCAAGGCAACCAAUGAGGUCUUGGAGAGGUGGAAUUUUAGCAUUGAGACUGAUAGUGAGGUUGUUGAGAAAGGUGUGUCAAGGGAAAAGAGUGACAAGGAAAUUAUGCGAGAAAUACAGGCAAUCAUGAGACAGAUUGCCUCGAGCAUUACUUACUUGCCAUGCCUUGAUGAACCAUGUGUAUUUGAUGUAUUAGCAUACACCGAUAAAGAUGUGGCAGUGCCAUUCACUUGGAUUGAGAGUGACCCCAAGUUGAUUGCAAAUCCUCAAAUGGUGAAGUUGCAUUCCUUUGAUACCAAGAUACACAAGGUUGACACUCUUGUAUCAUACAAGAAUGAUGACUGGGACGAACAGUAGGAGUGAUUGAACCUUUUUUUUCUCUACUGCAAUAUAUGUCCUUCUUGACUGUUGGGUUUAUUAUAAUCUGUGAAUCAUCUAUUCACAUAGUUCCAAGAUUGCUAUGAAAGAAGGUAAAGAAUGAUGUACUGGGUGUUUUUGGGUCUGAUCUUGUAUGGUUGUGAAUUGUUGGAAUGAAAGUAACAUAAUC